CAUUGAGUUCCUCGCCUACGUUUACAUGUCGAGCAAAGAUGAAAACAUUCGCGGCAAGUCGACCUCAGCACGCAUGACUCGCAAUUCUCAAGGCCUCAGGCUUCCUUAUGUGCGGAAGAAGAAAGCUCAUACACAUCCCUCCACCCGCCAGGCCUCUCGACUUCUGGCUCUACCAGCUGAGCUUCGCGAAAUCAUCUAUGGCUAUGUCGUCGGACCGAAUCGAGACGAUGGCACUCUGACCAUUUCCCGAGACACCAUCGUCGAGCGCGUGGGACUCCUUGGAACCUGCCGACAGAUCAGAUUCGAGGCUUCUCCAAUCUUCUACCACGAAUCGACGCGCUUCGAGGCAGUCGUCAACCACGAUACGCUUGAGCCCAUUAUGGAUUGGUUCAAAAGCAUCGGCGUCCAGAACUGUCAACGACUACGCAGUGUUAGCUUCCGGUGGGGAUUGCGAGAGAAAGACAAGUCCGAAUGCAAGAAGACCGGCAGCGUCCCCUUGUGCGGAGGACGCGUCGGUUCCAUCUACCUAAAUCAAGAGAGUUUAGCGCCACCUUUGGUCAAAUGCCUGCUCGUCUGCGGCGUCCUACCUGCCUCCAUCUCAACUCACCAGAGCCAGCCGGCCAACUACACGAAACAUCAAAAGCUGGAAUUUCUAAUGUCUUUGACCGAUGCUAACUGGAGCGGAGAGGUGUCGAGAGCAAUCGCUUCCGAAUCCAAAUCCAAGCCUCAGAGCACAGGAAGGAAUGGGUCGACUCACUUGCAUGCGUGAGAGGGAGCUAUAGCUGAGCAGUCAACUUUUUGCCUCAUCACCAUGCACUCUACUGAUCACGAUGAAGAUGGGUGCGACAUCUAAACCAAGACGGUCUCAACAUGGAAAUGAAUGUGCAUCGAGACACUGAUGUCUGCAUGCAUCAAAGUCAGAAUACGAAAUGGCACAGGUUGAUUUCAAGUCAUACACAGCUAUCAUUUACCUUUCACCAUGAACAGCAUCGAGAUACCACCGAGCCUUGAACCACUCCGCCGGAGGGACCCGGGAAAACGCCAUGCUAGAUUAACGAAGAAUCAAAUACAGGGCAUUCCU